AUGAACAAAUAUAAUUUCAUAGAUUACUGCAAAGAUUUUGAAAAGAAAGACUGCUACAGAGAUUAUAAACUAUUAAAACAAUCUGUGCAAUGUAACAUAGAUACAAUACAACAUAUUCCAGAACCUGAAUAUGAUACAAAUUUUUUAUGUAAUCCAUCAAAUCGAGAUAUUAUUUUCAAUAAUAUAAUGGCAAGAAAAAGUAUUGGGAAUAUUGAUAAGGUUCUAGAGCUUUCAGAGAAAUCUGAAUUAAAGGAAUCUUUUUUGUAUGAGUUGAGUAAAAUACCAAAUCAAACAGAUCCAAUGGUAUUAUCUUAUGGCAAAGAACCAAAAAUAUUAAAGGAAUGUGGAUCUAAGCCACUAUUUGAUUUUGAACCACAAGAAUUUGUAAAAAUAGCUACAGAUUUAAAAUUAUUAAAACAAUCCUUGGGAGCUUUAAUAGGACAACGAGGUUACAUAUUUUUAGGAGAUUUAGCAGAAUUAGAAGAAGUAUUAGUCCACUAUACAAUCAAAGAAUUAAUGAGGCAUGGUUUUAAACUUGUUUCUGUACCUGAUAUUAUUCCUACCAAAAUUAUAGAAAGAUGUGGUUUGAUAUCAGAUAAUGGAAGAACUCUUGUAUAUAGUUUGAAUCCUUUUUAUGAACAAGAUUACAGUCUAUCUGGAACAGCAGAAAUGUCAUUAGCUUAUAAAGUUAUGAAUACUAUAUUUGAUGCUGCAGAUUUACCAUUAAAAAUGGCUGCUGUAAGCAGAUGUUUUAGAGCAGAAACUUCAAGUAUUAUAGAAGAAAGGGGUAUAUAUAGGGUUCAUCAGUUUACAAAAGUUGAAAUGUUUGUAUGUUCUGAACAUGAAAAAUCUACAAAACAAUUUGAAGAACUUCAAGAAAUUCAAGAAAAUUUAUUUUCUUCUCUAAAUUUACAUUUUCGAAUAAUUGAUAUGCCACCUUAUGAUUUAGGAGCUCCAGCAUAUAGGAAAGUCGACAUGGAAGGUUGGAUGCCUGGAAGAAAAUUAUAUGGAGAAUUAUCAAGUUGCAGUAAUUGUACAGAUUACCAAUCACGACGGCUCGGUAUAAAAUAUAAAACAAAAGAUGGAAAACUUUUGCAUGUUCAUACUUUAAAUGGAACUGCAUGUGCUAUACCUCGUAUGUUAAUUGCACUUUGUGAAACACAUCAAACAAAACAUGCUCGCAUUAAAAUUCCUGAAAUAUUAAUUCCAUUUAUGAACGAAAAAAAUCUUAUUAAGAAACAACCAGUUGCAAAUAUGAGAUUCCAUAAGUAUAAGCAACAAAUUUAA